AGAGUUCAUGCUAAGCGCCGACAGGAUGGAUGAGUUUCAGAGUGAGGAGGAGGAACCGUGGUAUGACCAGCAAGACUUGGAACAAGACUUGCACUUAGCAGCCGAAUUAGGGAAGACACUUCUGGAGCGCAACAAGGAACUGGAAGAUUCUCUGCAGCAAAUGUACACCACUAAUGAGGAACAAGUGCAAGAGAUAGAGUAUUUGACAAAACAGCUGGAAAUGUUGCGGCAUAUGAAUGAACAGCAUGCUAAAGUUUAUGAACAGCUGGACUUAACAGCACGGGAUCUAGAAUUGGCCAACCAGAAGCUUGUGCUAGAGAGUAAGGCAUCCCAGCAGAAGAUACAAUGCCUGACAGAAACUAUUGAAGGACUGCAAAAUCAAGUUGACGAGCUACAAAAACAAGUAGAAGAACUGCAGAGCUUAGACCAGCUGCGUGUCCGCCGGGAAAAAAGAGAAAGGCGUCGAACGAUCCACACAUUUCCUUGUCUCAAGGAACUAUGCUCAAGUCCUAGAUAUGAGGAUGCAUUCCAAAUCCACAGCUCUUCAAUGGAGUUCAGCCAGAUGCCCUUGGAACGAGAGAAUGAGCGACUGCAAGCAAUGGUAAAUUCUCUCCGGUCCCAAGUUAAUCAGGAGAAGCAGCGAAAAGAGAGGGUGGAGAGAGAGUAUACAUCAGUCAUCCAGGAGUACUCAGAUCUUGAGCAACGAGUUUGUGAGAUGGAAAGCUGCAAACUGCGCAUUAAAGAAUUGGAAACUGAAUUAUUGGAACUCCAGCAGAUGAAACAAGUCAAGAAGUAUCUCCUCAGUAGAGAGGAUAACCUGUCAGAAACACUUCUGGAGCCAUUAAACAAUGCUCCUGAAGCCGACUACAUAGACCUUUCUGAGGAAGAUGGGAGGAAAAAUCAUGAAUCCUCCAUGGCAGCUUCUCCGAACCAUCCUGUCCGGAAAAGCUGUAGCGACACAGCCCUUAAUGCCAUUGUAACCAAGGAUGCUGUGAGUCGCCAUGAAGGUAAUUAUACACUCCAUGCCAACAAUGUACGGAAAAGGGGAAUGUCAAUCCUGAGGGAAGUGGAUGAGCAAUACCACGCCCUGCUGGAAAAGUAUGAGGAGCUUCUCAGCAAGUGCCGUCAGCAUAAGGACAGCGUACGCCAUGCCGGUGUACAAACCUCUCGGCCCAUCUCCCGUGACAGCUCCUUUAGAGACUUCCGGGGAGAGAAUUAUGAGCUGGAAGAGCUUAAAACAAUGGAGAAGAGUCUUAGUAAACAUGUGGAAGCUGUAGACAAACGGCUAGAGCAGAGUCAGCCAGAAUAUAAAGCUCUGUUUAAGGAAAUCUUCUCUCGAAUCCAGAAGACAAAAGCAGAUAUCAAUGCCACCAAGGUGAAAAAGAAGAGUAGCAAGUGAAUCUUCCCUAUUCACCUGCACCUUCAGCCUCAUAUUCUUUUCAGUCCAGGAAAAAUUGCCUAGCUUUCUGCCUUUGUGCUCUGGAAGCUUCUUAUAUUGAUAUCUUGCACAGAAAGGGAGCCUGUUGGAGUGCCUGAAAAACAGCAAGAAUCCAAGUCACAUUCUUGAAGU